UCGAUGGUAUCGCCCUCUAUCCAUAACUAGUUGUUCUACUGAGACAUUUUUCCAUAAUAAUUUUUGUACUCACAACUAACUUCGCGUCGCUGUUCCUCUCUUUCCGGUUCAAAUUUUGACAGAACAACAGCUAAAAAAUGGCCAAGCGUACAAAGAAGGUUGGAAUCGUAGGUAAAUAUGGUACCCGUUAUGGUGCUUCCCUCCGUAAAAUGGUGAAGAAAAUGGAAAUCACCCAGCAUUCCAAAUAUACCUGCACAUUCUGUGGCAAGGAUGCCAUGAAGCGUGCCUGCGUCGGCAUCUGGUCAUGCAAGCGUUGCAAGCGUGUUGUUGCUGGUGGUGCAUGGGUGUACUCCACAACUGCUGCUGCUUCUGUCAGGUCUGCUGUGAGGCGUCUUCGUGAAACCAAGGAACAAUAAACUGUUCACUUGUUAAGGUUUUACUAGGAUUACUAUGUUUCAUUGGAGAAGUGUUUUUUUUGCUUGGAACUGUUCUCACCAGACAGAAAUGUGAAAAUAAAAAAAAUGAUUUUUUUAAAGAA